AUGGCCCAGCCAGGCUCUCCCCCGACAACAGGGGAGAAGGCAACAGGGGAGAAGGCAACAGGGGAGAAGACAACAGAGGAGAAACUCCCGGGCCCCGUCAAGUCCCAACGCAAGACAGCAUUGCGGGAUUUCAUCCGCAUAUUCUCAUUCUCAACAUGGCUGGAUAAAGCAGUCCUCGUCGUUGCUUUCGUCUCUUCCUUGGGGGUUGGUGUUACCAUGCCCGUCAUGAACAUCAUUUUUGGUCGGAUGGUGGGCGCAUUCACCGGAUACUUCAGCGCGGAUCCGUCAACAACUUAUGAGAUGUUCAAGGACGCCAUAAAUACAUGCGCGUUAUAUCUUGUUGGCCUAUUCGGCAUCCGGCUCGCCCUCGACUACCUAGCAUAUCCUGUCUCCACACUCGAUGUCCUCCCGCCGGGGCAGACGGCCGCCAUUAUCACCCUCACAGCCAGCACGCUACAAACUGGCAUAUCCGAGAAACUAUCAGCUCUCCUCCAGGCGAUAUCAACUGUCAUUUCCGCCUUCAUCAUUGCCAUGUGCUACAGUUGGUCACUAGCCCUGAUCACUAGCAGUAGUCUGGUCUUGAUCAUCGGAACCUACGUGACGACUACUCCUGCUUUGGUGAAGCGGCUGAAUGAGGUACAACACGCAGACAUUCAGGCAUCGACCACGGCGAACGAGAUCUUUAGUUCCAUCAGAAUGGUUGCUGCUUGUGGGGCAGAUGAGAAAAUGGCUCGAAGGUACGGCAAGUGGGUGGAUGAAUCUCGCCGCCGUGGUUUGAGGAUGUCCCCGAUAAUUGCAUUACAGCAGGCGCCAGUCCAGUUCGCCGUAUACAGCACAUUUGCCCUUUCCUUCUGGUACGCCCUCAAAAUGCACAUGGACCGGCAAAUCAGUAGCGCGGAAACAUUGAUCGUUGUCCUCAUGUCGGUCAUGCUCAUGACCACCGCCAUCAGCGGCAUCACACCUCCGUUAUCCGCCGCUGCACGAGCUGCGGGUGCGGCCACAAUAUUCUACACCAUCCUCGACGCCCCGAAACCUGACAAGUCUGGCAUCAAACACCCUGAAGUGUCGGCAUCAGAGGAUAUUGUCCUCGAUCACGUCAACUUUGCUUAUCCGUCCAGGCCGGGUCUUAAGAUUCUAGACGAGCUAAGCCUUCGUUUCCCCGCUGGAAAGGUUACGGCGAUUGUUGGACCGUCCGGUUCUGGAAAGAGCACAAUCGUCGGGUUGUUGGAACGGUGGUAUGAGAUCGAGUUACCGGACAGUGGCCACCAGAGUUUAUCCUCGCGUAACGGCUCCAUCACUAUCGGUGGCCGACACAUAAGGGAGAUCGAUCUGAAGUGGUGGAGGAAUCAAAUUGGCCUUGUGCAACAAGAACCAUGUCUCUUCAACAACACCAUCUACGCCAAUGUUGAGUUUGGGCUUAUCGGCACCGAGUGGGAGGACUCAGAUUCAGAGACGAAAGAACGGCUAGUGAAACAAGCAUGCAUUGAGGCCUUCGCGGACGAGUUUAUCAACCGCUUGCCUGAUUCAACCGGCCCUAACACACAGCAGGGAUAUUCGACCACGGUGGGAGACGCUGGUAUUAAGCUCAGCGGUGGCCAGCGCCAGCGGCUGGCCAUUGCAAGAAGCAUUGUCAAGCGGCCAAAAAUAUUGAUUCUAGACGAGGCAACAAGCAGCAUUGAUGUUCGAGGCGAACAAAUGGUUCAAGCUGCUCUAGACAAGGUCUCAAAAAACAGAACAACGCUCGUCAUUGCACACCGCCUAGCCACCAUUAGAAAAGCGGACAAUAUCGUCGUUCUUCGGAAGGGCACCGCCGUACAACAAGGCACUCACGACAAUCUCAUGACGCAGGCGGAGGGUGCGUAUUUCGCCUUGGCCACCGCUCAGCAACUCACAGCGGCAUCCGAGGGACACCAAGGAGACAUGUCGCCAACUAGUGAUGUAGAGGUGACUGAGAAGACGAGCAUGGCAACAAUAACCACGCAGACGACAUUGGCCGAGUCAGCCUUCGACACGGAGGGUGAUUCGGCAGGCCAGCCCAAGGCUCGCGGUCUCUGGGGUAGCUUCGCUUUGCUGCUUGGCGAGCAAAAACACCGAAGGAUGUGGUACACGAUACUUCUCCUUAGUGCCAUAGGUGGCGGGUCCAGCCAGCCGAUACAGUCAUACUUGUUCGCAACCGAGCUUAUACUCUUCCAAUUUCGGGAGGAUUGGGUCCACGCCGCCGCAAACUUCUGGAGUUUGAUGUUUGUCAUGCUCGCCAUCUUCGUGGCGACCAGCUACUUUGCCUUGGGAUGGUCUUCAUCCACCAUUGCCUUUCACAUCACCCACCACUACCGCGGCGAAUACUUCAGCAACAUCCUCUCCAAGCCGGUAGCAUUCUUCGAUACCGAUACCCACUCUGUUGGCGCUCUCACGGCUCAACUGGCCACGGAUCCGAGCCAACUACAGGAGCUUCUUGGCACAAACAUGGCGUUUGUCGUCAUCUCCAUUCUUAACGUCAUUGGCUGUUUAGCAAUCGCGUUUUACUUUGGCUGGAAACUCACCAUCGUAACCCUCUGCUCCUCGAUGCCCCUUAUCAUUGCCGCGGCGUUCUUCAGGAUCCGACAUGAACGGCAGUUCGAGAAGAUGAACAGUGACGUCUUUGAGGAGAGUGCGAAGUUCGCUACCGAAUCCAUUGGGGCGUUCAGAACCGUAUCUGCCCUGACACUUGAAGAUACAAUCGCGCAGCGAUACAAGACACUCCUCCAGGAACAUAUCAAGAAGGCAUUCUGGAAGUCGAGUUGGACAACCCUAGUCUUUGCUGCAGCGGACAGCGUCAUCUUGCUUUGCAUGGCAUUUGUGCUCUGGUACGGAGGCGGUCUCAUGUUGAAGGGCGAGUAUACCUCGUUUCAAUACAUGGUUGUUUACAUUGCCGUUAUGCAGGUAAGUCCCCUGCCCAUGCCCCUUCACAUGACUACUAAUCUUUUCCAGGGAGCUCUCGGAACAGGGCGAUGGUUGAGUCAUUCGCCGAGUAUGUCUCUUACCCCCCUAUUUGUUGGAUACCAAAUUGACGGGGAAACAGACCUCGCAAAAGCCUCCCUUUCCGCCAAUCGAAUCAUAGGUAUGAGAGGCAGUGAUAAAGUUAAUGGGAAGCUCCUCUCUCUUGACGUUGGAAAUAUUGGAGAGGAGGACAUGGGAGUCAAGAUCGAGUUUGAGAAUGUGUGGUUCAAGUAUCCCACUCGAGAUGUGUCCAUCCUGAACGGACUCAGCCUGACGAUCGAGAAAGGGCAAUUUGCAGCGAUUGUCGGUCCAUCAGAUUUUACACCGCCAACUCGGGCCGAGUCGCCUACAACGGGUUGGACAUUUCAGAUCUUGACCUGA